UAUAGGACGUCGAUCACGUCUCAAAUCUUAACCUCACAUUUGUUAACGUGAGAAACACGAUUAAAUGCCGAAAUGUUGAAACGCUCAAUAUAAAAAUAUCGCAAUAUCUUGAAAUCGAGAGUGUCAGUUGAUGAAUCAAGAACAAUGGAAUUAGCCAGGCAUGCUUGGAGAAAAUCAUUUUUCGUGUACAAAACCAGUUUGCAGAAUUCAAUACGAAAUUCAAGCAGAAAUAGUUCAAGCUCCAAGAGUGGUACUGCAUUGAAUUUUGCUCCUGAAGAUGAGCAUCCUGUCGACACAUUAUUAAAAGGUGCAAAAACAGAAAAAAUCAGUAUAAACGACAAGCACACAGAGUUGGUAUUGGAUGCUCUUGGAGCAACCGAUGAACUUUCUUCCUACAUUGGAUUGGCUCGAGAAUUCGCCUGUGAUAGCACAGCAGAACAUCCCUAUGUUGACAAACUCAAAAGAGUACAAAUGAUACUUUUCGAUCUCAAUCAUGCCAUUUCAAGGGGUGGCUUGAAAGACAACAGUUUUGAGAACAAACAUACCAAAGACUUGGAGGAGUGGAUCGUGGAAUACGCGAGUCAACUACCUCCUCCUGAGGACUAUAUAAUUCCUGGUGGUGGAAAAGCUUGUGCUUCUCUCCAUGUAGCAAGAACAAUUUGCAGAAAAGCUGAGAGGCGGGUAGGUCCUUUGGUUCGAGAUGGAACUUUGGAUCAAGAGGCUCAAAUAUAUCUCAAUCGGCUGUCCGAUUUUCUACUGACCGUAUCUCGAAUGGCAUCAAAAUGUGACCAACGUACAGAAAAUAUUUAUAUUCCACGCGCCCAAGCGGUCAGUGAGGAUAAGUGAACAAAAACUCCAACAAUGUAUCUCGCAUAUUCAUUUAUUUAUAGAGAUAUAUAUGUAAGUGGAUGUCAGAAGGAUCAUUGAGAUCGACGAAGAAAUGAUGUUUCGGAUCCUGUAAAAAUAGUACCGGGACUAGUUCAUCGUAAUGUUAAACUAGACAUUAAUAGUACGUAAUUGUGCUUCACGAGAUUACGCAACUCGAGCCACGUAGCUAUUAUCCUCUCGUGUACUACUUAUUUAUUUAUAAUGUACUAUAUGUAUAUAUUGUUGGAUACGCUCGCUGGAAUUUAUUCGUGGCGGCAUCAACGAGAUCUCGAGUAUUCCAGUGCAUAAACGUCAAGCUCAAAAAUGUCCAAUGUUUUUUCUAUCACUUCUGUGUCUGAAUAUAUCAUUACACAAAUCUCCCAGGGUCA